GUUGUAUAACGAAAUGGCAUCUAAAAAGCCGCCGUCAAAUAUGCGUAAAGUUGAGAAAAUAGCUUCAAGUGACUCAAAAAAUUUAUCCACCGAAAAUGAAGUCAGUAGUGGAAAUAACAGUGGUGCGAGGAGGAAAACCAAAUCGUCGGGCACAAUUGUAAAGUCUAGGUACAUGCAAACCGAAACAAAGGCUCCUGCAAAGAGCAGUGUACAGCAGCAAUCGAUACUGAUGCCACCCAGACCGUCCUCUCCCAGAAUAGGCAACACACGAAAGCCGAGGGAUGGCGUCCUGUCGAGACGUACAAUAAGCACUCUGGCAUGCAAUGACUGUGAGUCGGCCUCCAGCAUUCUGGAACCAUCAAAUUUGGGAGGAAAUGUUUUUCAGUCGACUGUGUUGGACGGCCACUACAUACGUCCAGAUUUUGAUGUCUCCGUUAUUAAAGACAAAGUUGCGCUGCCAGGCACAGUGGACCCCAAGAAUGAAGAAAGGGACAUGGCGAUGGAGACGUUUUUGCUGGCCUUCCUCACUGCUAAGAUUGAACAUAAUACCCGAAAAAUGAGAGAGGAGGCUGAGAGGAAUAUUCUGGCCGUCAUGGAGAAAGAGCAGCAGUUGAGAGCACAAGUUAACCAAAAGAAACGACAGUAUCUGCUGCUGGAAAAGCAGAAACAACUCAACAGUUUACUGGACGUACAGAUUGAGGCUUUAAGUCCUGUUGCUGCUGCAGCAAACACAUUUGCAGAGGAGUACAAGUCAUUUGCCCAAGCCGUUGAUGCCACGAGACACAAGCUUCCUGUGAGGAAUGUGCACAUUGGAGAGGACCCAGAGCAGUUUUUAGACAAAGCGGUCGGAUGUCUGAGUCAGAGCGAGCGACUCUUGCAACACUAUACAAAGGACAUUCCCACUGACUGUGAGGCUUUAACAGAGUGUCUUGGAGAGAUGAAAAAUACAGCAAAUGAAAUCAGCCAGGAGCUGACAAGGACUUUUUCUGAUCUUCUGGAGGUGUCUUCAUUAGUAAGCCGGGAGACAGUUUUGGUCCAGCAGUCACUGGAGGAAGGCCAGAUCGGACAGAGCACAGCCCAGACACUCUUCUGCCCCUCCAUGACAUGAUAUGCUGUAUGAUUAAGGCAUCUAUUUCCAAUGAAAUAAUUAAAGAAUGUGAAUAAUCAA